AUGCAGCGAUUAAAACGGCUUCUGCAGAGGAAACAUCCUAGAAAGGAGGAAGUUCAAGAGGAAGAACAGAGUCCUGCUUACAUACCUCCUCUUGCGACGCCCGCUGCGUCCGCUAGCCUCAAGACCCCCUCUCUUUCCAACUUUGAACGACUUCCCUUUGAGAUCCGAAACGGAUUUUUACUUGCUAUAGACUCCUUAUCAGACCUUUCAGCAUUGGUUCAUGCGUCUCCCAUCUUUCGUGAACAGUACCGACUAGACCGAGCGUUUUGGCUAUGGCAUUGCUUACAGCUUGAGAUAGGCAAUGUUUAUAUUGAUGCCUAUAUUGCCGAUCAGUGCAACGCUCGGGAAUUUCGUUUUAAGCGUACUCGGGAAAAGAUAUUGCUACUCAUCGAUGAUUACAAGUUACAUCGCUCGCUUAGUACAGAUAUCUUGACCAAGCCCCCCAAUGAGGAGGAGAUCCUCAGCAUCGUCACUUUUCAUUCCACUGUCAUUCGGCCACUGAUACAUCGCUACGUCUCCUGGACUCGCGAAAAUAUGGAACUUCUCUCCUCACCGAAAGAUAUCAGCAAAACAGAGGAGAGGCGCAUCAUUCGUGGCUUAUAUCGCUUCCAAAUAUUCAGUAACCUCUUUGGGCCCGCACGAUACAGGGGCUUCCGGCAUGGGGAGAGCUUACUCGGCGAGGAAGAAAGACUUACUGUCUUUCUAGAUGGCUUUGAAGCAUGGGAGGUUGAAGAAAUGUUGUGCAUCAAUGCCUUUAUGCACGCCAAGUAUGACAGUGUAUUUCAGGAGGUCCAAUGGGACUUACACCCAGAUAACCCGUCAUUCGAUCCCGUCAGGACGGGUCCACAUACGCCGCCCGGCGCAUUCCACCUUGUUGACCAUAGUGAGUACCAUGGCUAUGCGUCUGGAAAUGUGUUGUUGACUCCUCCAGUGUCCUCAGAGUGGCAUAGAAACGGCAUAGUCUAUAGAGGACUGUCCGUCUUGUCUUUUGUCUUCAAGGCACAAGACCACCUGGAAAAGGUUAAAGUGGUCUCGGAGGAGGUCGUUACGGCCGUGGACGACCUGCUGUUUCAAAGCACUGAAAUUUUCUACCAAGAGCAAAGACGCGAGAACCAUCACUCCGACAAGGACCAAGCUCAAGAUGACCGCGAGGAAAUGAACUUCAAUGGCGACACUUAUGACUCGCCUCCAUUAGCAUGGGUUAUAUUCUGGAAAGAGUCAUAUAGCAAUCUUUUUGGCGACUUCAUACCACGGCCCCUGCGUCAUUGGGGAUACAUUAUGUGGGACAGCGAUCGGUUAGCCAAUGCUGGUGCUGCUGCCGUACUCGACCAGGCAUGGAAAGCCAUGUAUACGAGGCCUUAUGACAGCGAGGAGCCGGAGGACCCGAGGGAUGAAAUGCUGGCUUAUCAUUGA